GCUCGGAGUCCCUAACACUCUUCUUCACCAUGUCGAUCAUGUCAAUCAUACCCGAACAACACCCCGAUAUAUCAGUCGAAUUACUAAGGGACGUCGUCUCCAACCUGCGCGCGCUGGACGUCGCCGCCAUCUCACUCGGCGUCUGGCUCCUCCUCAAAGCCGCACGCGUCGCCCGCCGCCGCGUCGUCGCCACCAAGCUCCACGGGCCACCGCGCACAAAUCUCCUGCUCGGCGAGGGCUACAAGAUUAACGAGAGCAACGACCCUGGCUCGCUCUACGAGGCCUGGGAAAAGGAGUAUGGAAGCGUCUACUCCCUUCCGUCGACGAUCGGGAUGUCCAAGAUCGUGCUGUGCGACAGCAAGGCCGUUCAGCACUUUUACAAGUUCGAGACGUCCCGGUACGAACGGCCGGAAGUGGGGAAGUUCUUGGUUGGGAAAAGUGUUGUCACAGAAGUGAAGGAACCUCACAAUAGGCAACGUAAAGCAAUGACUCCAGCGUUCAGCAACGCUGCUAUCCGUAAUGUCACAAGCACAUUCUACGAUUCUGCUUACAAGGUUGUGGACGCCUGGUCCUCCAUCCUCGAGUCUUCGCGUGAAAAUGUCAUUGAGGUUCAGGGCUGGAUGAGCCGUGUCUCGCUCGACUCAAUCGGCAUCGCAGGCUUCUCUCACAAUUUCGGAACACUGGAAGGCAAACACUCCGACGUAGCCGCGGUGUUUGACAAGUUCUCAUCGAACUCGCCCUCGAUCAUAUUCAAGCUGGGGCUGACGCUCGGGCUCCUCUUCCCAAGCCUCAUGAAGCUGCCCAGUAGCCGGAUGCAGCUUACUCGAGAGCUGAAUGAGGCCUUGGGUGGUGCGGCAAAUAACUUCAUGGAUCGCAUGCGCAAUGAGAAAUUGGGGCUCACACCAGGCCAGGAGGACAAAUCAGUUAUCGGAUUGCUCGUCAAGUCUCAGUCGCCUGGCGCAGAGCUGUACAUGUCGGAGGAGGAAGUGCUUUCACAGAUUAAGCUACUUCUGGUUGCUGGCUACGAGACCACUUCUGUCAGCUUGUCCUGGGCGCUAGCUGAGCUGUCGCUGCACAAGCAUUCCCAGGACCGCCUUAGGGAAGAACUUUCCCAGUUCACCACCAGAGAUCCGACAUACGAGCAGCUUACUCACGGACUGCCGUAUCUCGACGCGGUUGUCCUGGAAACUCUCCGCCUCCACGGACCUGUCCCGGCAACUGCGCGCAUAGCUACGGAAGACGACGCCAUCCCGCUCAGCGAACCCAUCAAGGACCGGUCAGGCAAGUACGUAGACCACAUCGUCGUCCCCAAGGACACCCAGGUCACUGUCUCGAUCGCAUACAUGAACCGGUCCGAGAAGUACUGGGGCCCCGACGCGAAGCUGUUCAACCCAGAGCGGUGGCUCAACCCCGGCGGGCUGGAGACGCGCGCGAGGGAGAUCCAGGGACAUAAGCACCUGCUGACGUUCAUCGACGGCCCGCGGACGUGUCUCGGCAAGGCGUUCGCGCUCGCGGAAUUCAAGGCGGUGCUGUCGACGCUGGUGAGGAACUUCGAGUUUGAUAUGCGGGAUGCGAAGGCGCAGAUUGAGAUCGCGAGGGGGCUGUUGCCGCGUCCUAGGGUUGUUGGGGAGGGUAAGGUGGAUUUGCCUCUGCGCGUCACUCGGUUGUGA